AUGCUGAGGAUGCGGACCAUGGGAUGGGCACGCGCCUGGUGCCUGGGCUGCUGUCUCCUCUUGCCGCUCUCGCUCAGCCUGGCGGCGGCCAAGCAACUCCUCCGGUACCGGCUAGCCGAGGAGGGCCCAGCAGACGUCCGCAUCGGCAACGUCGCCUCGGACCUGGGCAUCGUGACGGGCUCCGGCGAGGUGACUUUCAGCCUCGAGUCGGGCUCAGAGUACCUGAAGAUCGACAACCUCACCGGCGAGCUGAGUACGAGCGAGCGGCGCAUCGACCGCGAGAAGCUGCCCCAGUGUCAGAUGAUCUUCGACGAGAACGAGUGCUUCCUGGACUUCGAGGUGUCGGUGAUCGGGCCCUCGCAGAGUUGGGUGGACCUGUUCGAGGGUCGGGUCAUCGUGCUGGACAUCAACGACAACACGCCCACCUUCCCGUCGCCCGUGCUCACGCUCACGGUGGAGGAGAACCGGCCGGUGGGCACCCUCUACCUGCUGCCCACUGCCACCGACCGUGACUUCGGCCGCAACGGCAUCGAGCGCUACGAGCUGCUCCAGGAGCCCGGGGGCGGCGGCGGCGGCGGCGGCGGAGAGGGCCGGCGCUCCGGGCCUGCCGACAGCGCCCCCUACCCCGGGGGCGGCGGGAACGGCGCGAGCGGCGGCGGCGGCGGCCCCGGCGGCUCCAAGAGGCGGCCGGACGCGCCAGAGGGCGGCGGCGGGACCGGCCCCGGCGGCCGCAGCAGCGUGUUCGAGCUGCAGGUGGCCGACACCCCGGAUGGCGAAAAGCAGCCGCAGCUGAUCGUGAAGGGGGCGCUGGACCGCGAACAGCGCGACUCCUACGAGCUGACCCUGCGGGUGCGCGACGGGGGCGACCCGCCCCGCUCCUCUCAGGCCAUCCUGCGGGUCCUGAUCACCGACGUGAACGACAACAGCCCCCGCUUUGAGAAGAGCGUGUACGAGGCCGACCUGGCCGAGAACAGCGCCCCGGGGACCCCUAUCCUGCAGCUGCGCGCCGCCGACCUGGACGUGGGGGUCAACGGGCAGAUCGAGUACGUGUUCGGGGCGGCUACCGAGUCCGUGCGGCGGCUGCUGCGCCUCGACGAGACGUCCGGCUGGCUCAGUGUCCUGCACCGCAUUGACCGCGAGGAAGUGAACCAGCUGCGCUUCACUGUCAUGGCCCGCGAUCGCGGGCAGCCCCCCAAGACUGACAAGGCCACGGUGGUCCUUAACAUCAAGGACGAGAACGACAACGUGCCGUCCAUUGAAAUCCGCAAGAUCGGGCGUAUCCCACUCAAGGACGGGGUGGCCAACGUGGCCGAGGACGUUCUGGUCGACACUCCCAUCGCCCUGGUACAGGUGUCUGACCGAGACCAAGGCGAGAACGGAGUGGUCACCUGCACCGUGGUGGGCGACGUGCCCUUCCAACUCAAGCCGGCCAGCGACACAGAGGGCGACCAGAACAAGAAAAAGUACUUCCUGCACACCUCGGCCCCUUUGGACUAUGAGACCACCAGGGAGUUCAACGUGGUCAUAGUAGCGGUGGACUCAGGCAGCCCCAGCCUCUCCAGCAACAACUCCCUGAUUGUCAAAGUGGGAGACACCAACGACAACCCACCCGUCUUCGGCCAGUCGGUGGUGGAGGUGUACUUUCCCGAGAACAACAUCCCUGGCGAGAGGGUCGCCACGGUGCUGGCGACAGACGCCGACAGCGGGAAGAACGCUGAAAUCGCCUACUCGCUGGACUCUUCCGUGAUAGGGAUCUUUGCCAUCGAUCCCGAUUCUGGGGACAUCCUUGUCAAUACGGUGCUGGACCGCGAGCAUACUGACAGGUACGAGUUUAAAGUUAACGCCAAAGACAAAGGCAUCCCGGUGCUACAGGGCAGCACCACAGUGAUUGUGCAGGUGGCUGACAAGAAUGACAAUGACCCUAAGUUUAUGCAGGACGUCUUUACCUUUUAUGUGAAAGAAAACUUGCAGCCCAACAGCCCCGUAGGAAUGGUCACAGUGAUGGAUGCUGACAAGGGGCGCAAUGCAGAGAUGAGUCUGUACAUAGAGGAGAACAGUAACAUUUUUUCCAUUGAAAAUGACACGGGGACCAUUUACUCCACAAUGUCUUUUGACCGGGAACAUCAGACCACAUACACAUUCAGAGUCAAGGCUGUGGAUGGAGGAGAUCCUCCCAGAUCCGCAACAGCCACUGUCUCUCUCUUUGUGAUGGAUGAAAAUGACAAUGCUCCCACAGUUACCCUUCCCAGAAACAUUUCCUACACUUUACUGCCACCUUCAAGUAAUGUCAGGACAGUAGUAGCUACAGUGUUGGCAACAGACAGUGAUGAUGGCAUCAAUGCAGACCUUAACUACAGCAUUGUGGGAGGGAAUCCCUUCAAGCUGUUUGAGAUUGAUUCCACCAGUGGUGUGGUUUCCUUAGUGGGAAAACUCACCCAAAAGCAUUAUGGCUUGCACAGAUUGGUGGUGCAAGUGAAUGACAGCGGGCAGCCUUCCCAGUCUACCACGACUCUGGUGCAUGUGUUUGUCAAUGAAAGUGUUUCUAAUGCAACUGUGAUUGACUCCCAGAUAGCCAGAAGUUUGCACACCCCACUCACUCAGGAUAUAGCUGGUGACCCAAGCUAUGAAAUAAGCAAACAGAGACUCAGUAUUGUCAUUGGGGUGGUUGCUGGAAUUAUGACAGUGAUUCUAAUCAUCUUAAUUGUAGUGAUGGCAAGGUAUUGCCGCUCCAAAAAUAAAAAUGGCUAUGAAGCCGGCAAAAAAGAUCAGGAAGACUUUUUUACACCCCAGCAGCAUGACAAAUCUAAAAAGCCUAAAAAGGACAAGAAAAACAAAAAAUCGAAGCAGCCUCUCUACAGCAGCAUUGUCACUGUAGAAGCUUCUAAACCAAAUGGACAGAGGUAUGAUAGUGUCAAUGAGAAGCUGUCAGACAGCCCAAGCAUGGGCCGAUACCGAUCCGUUAACGGUGGGCCUGGCAGUCCUGACCUGGCCAGGCAUUACAAAUCUAGUUCCCCAUUGCCUACUGUCCAGCUUCACCCCCAGUCACCAACUGCAGGAAAAAAACACCAGGCCGUACAAGAUCUACCACCAGCUAACACAUUUGUGGGAGCAGGAGACAACAUUUCAAUUGGAUCAGAUCACUGCUCUGAGUACAGCUGUCAAACCAAUAACAAGUACAGCAAACAGCCAUUUCGUAGAGUGACGUUUUCUGUUGUGAGUCAGCCUCAGGACCCACAUCAGGGGUCACUGCAGAGUUGCUAUGACAGCGGGCUGGAGGAGUCAGAAACACCAAGCAGUAAGAGUUCAUCAGGGCCAAGACUGGGUGCCCUUCCACUCCCAGAGGACAACUAUGAAAGGACCACGCCGGAUGGCAGUGUUGGUGAGGCAGAGCAUAUGGAAAAUGAUUCAAGACCUCUUCCAGAUGUAGCCCUAACUGGGAAAUGUACCCGUGAGUGUGAUGAGUAUGGCCACUCAGACUCCUGCUGGAUGCCGGUCCGCACUUCUCCGGAGAGGAAGAAGAGCCAGCCCAAACUCUCCACUUUCAUGCCUGUUGAUGAACGAGGAAGCCAGGAAAAGCUGGCCAAUGGUGAGGCCGCCAUCAUGGGCGACCGCAACAGAAACCUCCUGAACAAAAAGUUGACCUCAUCCUAUGAGACCUUCAGUGCAGCUAGUUUCAGCAAAAAUGAGGAAGCCAACACUGAGGAUAUUCCCCUUACAAAAACAGGGGAAUACAAGCCAUCUCCUGUCAAUACUCUCACUAGAAGAGAAGUUUACCUGUAGGCUAUAAAGAAGCAACCGCAAAGUUCUUUUCAUGUAUGAGAAGGAGAAUAAGGGGUGAAAAACCUUACAAAACAAAACCUUGUAAUCAAAAAGAGGGGGCUACCAAAGAGACAAAGCUUUGCCUGCCACUUCUGCCUCCAGAUCAGGCCUUUAGUGAGUGAUACUGUUAAGCCUGAUUGUAAUAUACAAUGUAGAAACCAUCCUUGUUAACUUGCAUGUCUGACCCCCUCACUGAUUCCCAACACCCGCUCUCUCUUCCCCACCCCACUCCAGAAAACAAACACACACAAAAAACAAACAAAAAAAGAUGGUUGCAAGUUUCUUUCAUGGUAACAAGCCUGAUUAGCAGAACACAACACCCUCUCAUUAUCCCUAAGCUGAAGCAUGAUUUUAGUCACUUUGAUUUAGUUUGAAUGUCAUCUGGUUGGUCAAAAAAAAAAAAAGGCAGAUCAGGUGAAAUAUAUUUAGACAUGUGAUCAGAAAUGAUUAAUCACUAUGGAAGGCAAUCCCUCAAAAACAAUAGAGUCCCUCUGAAGUUUCAGUCCUUAUAUAGGGGGAACUCUAGAAGUAGCAUUUGGAGGAAGAUCACAGCUUUAAUAUUCAAACAAAGGCUGCGACUAAACAAGGCCCAGUGGGAGAUUGCAGUCCCCAGUUGGCAUAUAUUGUUUUCUUCAAGUCAGGAGCAUCAACUUCAGUUCCAUACCUGUACUGAAUAUUCUUCGUAUAUACACAAUCUUGACCAAUUACGCUAGUUAUAACUCGUAAAAAUUACACAUUUUUUUUUGGAACAGCACCACUAAUGGGAACAAUUGUGUCAUUAAAAGGCCAAAGAUCAUAUGGCAGAUCAGGGAAAUCAUGAAGUAGAUUUGGUCUUGAAGUGGAAAUCCAUUAAGCAACAAAAGUCACUGAACCCAGGCACGCAGAGAAACCCUCAGACACCGGUUUAUUUUACAUUUUCUCUAUACCCGGAAAGCAUGCAUAUGCUUCUGAAAUGGAUUUUCUUUGAAAGCUCAGAAAAUGAAAAGCCAAUGAGACAUAUUUUUGGUAUUAUGAUAGGCAAUUAGUUGAAGUCAAAGUUUAGUUUCAAAAAUAUUAUCAGGGAAGAUUCUACUUUUUAAAAUCAUAUUUGUGGGUAGGUAGGGAAAGAAAGAUACAAUGACAUACAGUUUUUAAGUUCACUAUCACCGUAGAAUCAGGUUAUGCUUGCUGGUCUUAUCCACAUUUCAAAUUACCAAGUGCAUUUUUUACAUGUUCAGUGCAUACUUCCAUGUAACAAAAGUGCAUUAAUUUUUAAUCCUGUGCAAUAUGGCACUAUUUGGAGACUCACAACGUUGAAACAAGGUGACACCCUAAUUGACUUUGUCACUAAUGUGAUUUGAACAUUACUUAAAAUAUCUCUUAAAACCAAUCCAGACUGAACAAGAAAGAAAUGAGUUCUGGGCAGUGACGUGUCUCAUAGUACACACAUCUCAAAGUUGAAAAAUAUGCAGGUUUUUUUUUUUCCUCAGUGUAAUAUAGAGAAACAGAAUAUGCAGGUUUUGAGUCACUUCCUCUACUGAGGGAAAUUUAAUUCAAUUGGAAAUUGAGCUGAGACAUUCAGAAAAAGUGACAAUCCAGGGACAGAGGAAGGGAUAACAGGUGAAGAGAGCAAACAUUCUCAUCACUGAAUGUUUGUAACCUGGUUAAGGCAUAGCCUUGAUGACUCUUUGGCGAACUGUAGAAACUAUGUAGCUCUAGGUAGUUUCAUGCUUUGCAAUAUGUCUUAGACUACAAAGUGAAGCAGCCUGGAAUAUAGGUUGUUAAUUCACUAUAGGUCAUCAAAUGCUUAUCUUUGAAAACCACUUCUCUGUUUGGUGGGGUACUCUUUCGGGGUCAUUUCCUUAUGCUCUUUCUUAAAUGGAGUUUUCAUUUUGAUGUUAGUUUAUGUAUAAUAGUUAGGAUGAAAGAAGAUAUGUAAUUGAAGAAACAAAAAUAUUGGACUAAAAUAUCAAUAAUUGAACAUGUUUAUGUUUGAUUAUUUACAUUAUGGAAAGAUGCAACUCUAGUACUUUGUUAGGAAACUGCAUUAAAGCAGUUCUGCCUUGUAUAAUCUGUAAGUACCUAUUAAGACAAAAAUACUUCUAAAGAUACUUAUGAAAUGUAUACAUAUUUUUUCUUGCACGUUACAAAGGAAAUAUUCAAUUGCAUAACACGUGUGCAACAAACUUUUUUUAAUGCAUUUUUUUUCUUUCAUGAGACACUUGAAACAUUAAAUAGCUCACUUCACUCUAUCUUAAAACCCUUCUGUUGUCUAUAAAGCUAAUACGGGUCAUAUGGGACCUUUGGAUUAAUUGGAUCCACAUUCCCCAAUGAUGUUUGCACCACAUUCGAGACAGCCAUGUCAUUGUCAUUUAACUUGUGAGCCUCUUUAGAACUAAAAUGAGUGUGAAAGAAUAAAAUUCAGUGUACUGUAAGUAUUCGCGGUAAUUCUAGUAGAAUUAGCUAUCAUAACAUGUUUAUUAUUAUAAUGAGCUGGCAUGACACAGAAAUAUAUUUUGUGUUUGUAUGACUUUUAUUUUGAAUAGGUUAAAUCUGGUGCCACUCCAUAUAUAGAGUGCUUUUGAAAAAAAUCAAUAAAAAGAAACAAAAAAAUAAUAAAUGAGUGAAUGCAAAAUAAGCAACUGUGCCUUUUAUACCUGUUGUUAUGGUAAAAAAACGGUUGUUGGGUUUGGACAAUGAGGGGAAAUGGGCUAUUCCCAACUUUUUUGAUCUUGUAUAUUUAUCCAUGUUUAUUUUCUGAAAAUAAUAAAUAAUAUAUUAAAAAUUUGCCUUCUGACAAACUCAGAUAGUGGACCAGUCUUAAAUAUCGUUCAUUCAUAAAACAAAAUUUAUAUGGGCUGCUUAAUUCUGUCUAGAAGGCCAAGGCAUUUAUUGUAAUAGUAACACAAAGAGAGCUUAUCAGGGGUGAAGUCAGUCCAUUUUGCAAGGUAAAAUGUUGAUUAACAAUUUCUAUUCUUUCUUCUUUUUGUUGUUAUUUUUCUUUUAGCUGCUGUUUCAUCUUCGUUGUACAGUAUAGAAAAUCAUGUUUGUUUUCUGUACACAAGAAGCUCAAGUGAACUUUGCAUGCAUUAUACAUUAGGACACAUUUAUAAAUUGAGUAACUAUAUAAAUUUAUGUGUACUAAAACAU